AUGGAUGUGUACUCUGGUACCUUUGCUCUGGUGGGGGCGGCGGCCUUCUUGGGGGGCGUGGUCCGCAUGACCAUCAGCCUCACUGUGAUCCUCAUCGAGUCCACCAACGAGAUCACAUAUGGUCUGCCCAUCAUGAUCACACUUAUGGUGGCUAAAUGGACUGGAGACCUGUUCAACAAAGGUAUCUACGACAUCCACAUCGCGCUGAGAGGAGUUCCUCUGCUGGAGUGGGAGACUGAGCUGCAGAUGGACAAUCUCUCCCCUCCUCUCACCUCCUCUGUCCCUUCCUCCUCUCUCACCUACUCUCUCUCCUCCUCUCUCACCUCGUCUCUCUCCUCCCCUCUCUCCUCCUCUCUCUCCUCCUCUCUCUCCUCCUCUCUCACCUCCUCUCUCCCCUCCUCUCACCUCCUCUCUCCUCCUCCUCUCUCACCUCCUCUCUCCUCCUCCUCUCACCUCCUCUGUCCCUUCCUCCUCUCUCACCUCCUCUCUCUCCUCAUCUCUCACCUCGUCUCUCACCUCCUCUCCUCCUCUCUCUCCUCCUCUCUCACCUCCUCUCUCUCCUCAUCUCUCACCUCGUCUCUCACCUCCUCUCCUCCUCUCUCACCACUCGUCUCUCACCUCCUCUGUCCCUUCCUCCUCUCUCACCUCCCCUCUCUCCUCCUCUCUCACCUCGUCUCUCACCUCCUCUCCUCCUCUCUCUCUCUCCCCUCUCACCUCCCCUCUCUCCUCCUCUCUCUCCUCCCCUCUCACCUCCCCUCUCUCCUCCUCUCUCUCCUCCUCUUUCACCUCGUCUCUCACCUCCUCUGUCCCUUCCUCCUCUCUCACCUCCCCUCUCUCCUCCUCUCUCUCCUCCUCUCUCUCCUCCUCUCUCACCUCGUCUCUCACCUCCUCUCCUCCUCUCUCGCCUCCUCUCACCCCUCCUCUCACCUCCUCUGUCCCUUCCUCCUCUCUCACCUCCUCUCUCUCCUCCUCUCUCUCCUCCUCAGACUCACAGCCAGUGACAUCAUGCAGCCGGACCUCACUUACAUCUACCCUCACACUCGGGUCCAGUCUCUGGUCAGCAUCCUCAGGACCACAGUGUUCCAUGCGUUCCCUGUGGUCACCGAGAACCGGCUCCAGCACCGAGACUUUGGCAAAGGCAACGUCCUGGUCAGCAACAACAUCCAAUACAAGCGCUCCAGUGUCCUGCCUCGGGCUGGGGAGCAGAGGCGUCGCUGUCAUCCCAUGAAUGUCGUAACCCGACCAAGCUCGUCUCAGCCUCGUCUCUCCUUCGCUCAGACCUCAGAGGAUUAUCCACGCUUCCCCGACAUCCACGACCUGGACCUGACCCAGCUCAACCCACGCAUGAUAGUGGACGUCACCCCGUACAUGAAUCCUGGUCCCUACACGGUGUCUCCAAACAGCCGCAUCUCACAGGUCUUCAACCUGUUCAGGACCAUGGGCCUCAGGCAUCUACCAGUGGUCAACGCAGUGGGAGAGAUUGUGGGGAUCAUCACGAGACACAACCUCACCCACGAGUUCCUCACCACCAAACUGAGGCAGCACUCCAUCACCAUCUGA